GAGGUUUUUGCAGAUCUGCUCUAAUUGAAUCCAUUGAAUCGCUCUCGCCUCGAAUUGACUGUGCAGUGCAACAAUGGCGUUCCCUCCGCGGUUCCCAAUGCCGCCAUUUGGCUUUCCACCGCAACCGCAGAUCUUCUUUAACCCGAUCGGAAGGGGAUAUAUCCCUCCUCAGAUUCAGAUUGCUCCAGUGAAGCAGAAACCGGUGACUACUGUGUUUGUUGGAAAUAUAUCAGAAAAAUGUAGUAAUGAUUUCAUGCAGCAGAUGUUACAGGAGUGUGGAACCGUAACAACAUGGAAACGAAUACAAGGAUCCAACGGCAAAUUUCAAGCGUUUGGAUUUUGCGACUUCGAGGAGCCACUCGGCACAUUGAGAGCCUUGCGAGUUCUCAACGACUUUCAAAUAGGCGACAAAAAGCUGGUCGUAAAAGCAGAGCCUAAAGUACGAGAAGAAUUGCGCUCUUGGGCCAUACAACAUCGAAAAGACAUUGGCAAGCCAGAACUGCAGCUUAAAGAAGAUGAAUUGCCGGCUGAUGAAGAUGACUUGAGAAAGGAUGAAGAAGUCAGGCUGAAAAUUCUGAAUUGGAUCGAUACAGAUCAUCCACAACUUGUUACCUUGGCUGAAGAUGGAGAGCUGUCAGAGAAGGAAGGAAAGGAUGCUAAGAAGGAGAAAGAGAAAAAGAAAGAAGAGAAGAAACGCGAGGAGACCGCGGAAAGUAAAAAGGAAGCGGAGAGAGAACGACGACAUCGAUCACGACAUAGAUCACGUUCCGAAUCGCGUUCACAUUCACGAAAUGAUAGACGAUCGUCGCGACGCAGCAAAUCGCCAAAACAUAAACGAAGACGUCGUUCUGCAUCUUAUUCGGGUUCAUCUGAAAGCAGUAGCUCUAGCGAGUCAUCUGAAUCCCGCAGUCGAUCGAGGUCUCGUACUCCUAAGAGAAAACGGGAAAGAGAACGGUCGCUUAGCAGAAGCUCUGAGGAUAGCGAGGAAGCCCGUGAAAGGCGUAAUUUGAAGAAACAAAUCAAAGAAAAAGAGCAGGCUUAUGUGGCUCGUUUGACAAAAUGGGAAGCCCGUGAGCGGCAAAAAGCUAAGCAAUAUGAGAGGGAAGAACGAAGGGAGAAGGACAGAAGACGGGAUAUCCUGAAAGAGGCGAAAAAACUAAAGCAUUUCUUGGAAGAUUAUGAUGAUGAGAAGGAUGAUCCAAAGUACUAUAAGAGCUCAUCUCUGUUCCAACGUAAGCGAGACUUUGAACGCGAGCGUGAAGCCGACUCCAAGGAUAGGCUCAGAGAACAGCAAGAAAUCGAAGAGUUGCGAAAACAAAUUCUUGCUGAAAACAAGGACAUAAAAGAUGUGGAUGAAGAAGCGCGAAGGAGACAUCUCGAAAAGGAAGAGGAAGCCAUGCGACGCCUACGGGAAGAUAGCGGAAGCCCUAACCCUCAUCAGCCUCUUGGACAAAGAGAUGGUGAUGGUGAUAGUUCGAGUAGUAGCGAUGAAAGUGAAGAAGAUGAAGAGGAAGGAAAGUCUGAUGUUGAUGGAAAGUCGGUUGCCGAUGAUGACCGGGAUGAUGCCGAUACUAAAACGCCCAAAAGCGAUGCUCCAGCUCCUACAACUAGUCAUGAAGAUCGAUGGAAGAGCGUCGACGUUACCUCCCAAUCUACACCUCUCAGUAUAGCAUCGCCAACGAUAACUAUGAAAGGAGCAACUUCUAGUACAUCAUUGCAUACCUUGCCACGCCCUGAGCUCAGUGCCAAACUUAAUGGAGUUUUUGGAGUUGAUGAUGAUGAAGAAGAGGGAGUUGCUCGUAAACAUAUGCGUCCAUUCGAAAUUACGCAAGAAGACCGAAUGGAAACAUUGACAACAGAUGAAAAGAAGCGUAUGGUAAAGGAUCUCAUCAAUAACAUUCCUACAACUAAAGAUGAAUUGUUUGCGCAUACUAUCGACUGGCGAUUUGUUGAUCGAUCUCUUAUUGAACAAAGAGUUCGUCCAUGGGUAGCGAAGAAAAUCCUUGAGUUUUUGGGGGAAGAGGAAAGCGCACUUGUUGAUUUUGUUUGUGAAAAAGUAGCGACGAAGACGCCACCGGAUCGAAUUCUCAGUGAUAUCGCGAUGAUCCUCGACGAGGAUGCCGAAGUGUUCGUCGUCAAAAUGUGGAGGCUUUUGAUUUAUGAGAGUGAAGCAAAGAAACUUGGCCUUGUGGUCCCUCGAAGUAAUCAGUAGGCUUUUGAUUGAUCCGAUUAGCUCUUAUGUGACAUGCCGUUGAAUUGUUUAUUAUCGUGUUAAAUGUAUUGCAGGUCUUUGAUUACAAUGAGUUAAUAUAUACAAAUAAUUUAAGAUUUUUCUUUUGUAUGAAACUUUGUGUUCAGCAUAUGCAUUCGUCCCUCUUUCUUUCAUUAUGUGGUUGAGCCAAAGUGGGUUUGUACUCGUUUGUGUUUGAUUUGAAUUUUUUGUUAACCUCAGCAUGAUGUGCAGUCGUUUUGUCAGCAGAAUUCUCUCCCCAUUGUUCCGACUAGAAAUCGUUUUGAUUGGUUGAGAUGAUGUUGUUACGGCGUAAUAAUGCCAAUAAGCUCGUACAAUGUAGUCAAGGACAGAAAUGUGACGCAUAGGGGUUGCUAGCUAUGUCACAUCCUAUCCUAUGUUUUGUU